AUGUCUGGCCUCGAGAAAGCCCUCUUCAACCUAAAGUUCACGGCGAAGCAACUCAAUCGUCAGGCAGCGAAAGCGAGCAAAGAUGAGCAGACAGAGAAGGCCAAGCUGAAGAAGGCCAUCCAGCAAAACCACACCGACAUCGCCAAAAUCUACGCCCAAAAUGCGAUCCGCAAGAAGAACGAGAACCUCAACCUCCUACGAUUAGCCUCACGAAUCGAUGCCGUAUCCUCACGAGUACAGACAGCCGUCACCAUGCGACAAGUGACUGGCAGUAUGGCGAAUGUGGUCAAGGGCAUGGACAAUGCGAUGAGGAGCAUGAACCUAGAGCAGAUAUCAGCAGUGAUGGACCGCUUCGAGACACAAUUCGAGGAUCUCGACGUUGCGACAGGAUACUACGAGAACGCGACCUCAUCCGCGACCGCAACAGCCACACCACAAGAGGAUGUCGAUAAGCUGAUGGGACAAGUGGCAGACGAAGCUGGGGUUGAGCUGAGUCAGGAGAUGGCAGGCGCAACACCGGCUCAGAAUAUACAGCAGCCGGCGGAAGAGGAGCGGGAAGACAAGCUGGGCGAGCGGCUGCGUGCGCUCAGGAGCUAG